CGAUAAGAAGCAGAGCCCGCCAUGUCGCCCUGGAAGCUGUGCCUCUUGGUGGCGCUGGCCGCCGUGGUCUGCCUGCCCACGCAGGCAGCUGCAAUGGUGCCCGCGCCGCCCAAACCGCAUCCCAGCUCGUCGUCCGAAGAGUCGGUGCACCCGCUGUCGCCCAAGGCGGCGCCCUUUCCUGUGCUCAAGCCGCUAGCUGCAGCUGUAGCUGCGCCACCUAACCCGGCCUACAUGAGGCACGCACCGACACCCGAGCCUGCGCCCACGGCGAUCGACCCGACCCCCUACCUGUCGUGCAGCUACUGCGGACGCUUCAACUCGCUCGUCACGGCGCUCCUGCGCGCCGUCUACGCCCUGCUCUUAGCGCUCCUCAACGACGUCAACUCUGCGCUGUGCUACACUCUGCAUCUCGUCUACAUCCUGCUCUGCAUAAUACAGGUGACGGUCUCUGUCGAGAUUAUUGUUGCAGUUACCGGCCUCUCUAUCAUUUUGCAAACGGUGGCGAGACUUCCCGUUGUGGGUGCCCUGCUGCAGACCAUAGCGCUGCUCCUGACAGGCAUCCUCAACUGUAUACUCAGGGAAUUGCGCAUAGCGCUGGUGUACUAG